AGCCCCGGCCUGGCCAUGAGGAGCGGCGCGGAGCGCAGGGGCAGCGGCGCGGCGGCGCCCCCCGGCUCGCCGCCCCCCGCGCCGCCGCCCGCCGCCAGCCAGCCCCGCCGGGACUCGGGCGAUGCCCGCGCGCAGCCGCGCCCGCUCUUCGCGUGGAGCAAGUGGAAGAAGCGGAUGAGCUCGUCCAUGUCGGCGGCCACGGCGCGGAGGCCGGUGUUUGACGACAAAGAGGACGUGAACUUUGACCACUUCCAGAUCCUGCGGGCCAUCGGGAAAGGCAGCUUUGGCAAGGUGUGCAUCGUGCAGAAGCGGGACACGGAGAAGAUGUUUGCCAUGAAGUACAUGAACAAGCAGCAGUGCGUGGAGCGGGACGAGGUGCGCAACGUCUUCCGGGAGCUGGAGAUCCUGCAGGAGAUCGAGCACACGUUCCUGGUGAACCUGUGGUACUCCUUCCAGGACGAGGAGGACAUGUUCAUGGUGGUGGACCUGAUGCUGGGCGGGGACCUGCGCUACCACCUGCAGCGCAACGUGCGCUUCUCCGAGGACACGGUGCGGCUGUACGUGUGCGAGCUGGCGCUGGCGCUCGACUACCUGCGCGGCCAGCACAUCAUCCACAGGGACGUGAAGCCCGACAACAUCCUCCUGGACGAGCAAGGACACGCCCACCUGACGGACUUCAACAUCGCCACCAUCGUCAAGGACGGCGAGAGGGCCACCGCCCUGGCGGGCACCAAACCGUACAUGGCUCCGGAGAUCUUCCAGUCCUUCGUCAGCGGUGGCACUGGCUACUCCUUCGAGGUGGACUGGUGGUCAGUGGGCGUGAUGGCGUACGAGCUGCUGCGGGGAUGGAGGCCGUACGACAUCCAGCCCAGCAGCUCCGUGGACUCGCUCGUGCAGCUCUUCGGCACGGCCACCGUGCAGUACGCGCCCGCCUGGUCCAAGGACACGGUGGUCCUGCUGCGCAAGGCACCGCUGCUCCAGCCUGCAGGACAUGCAGGCCACGCCUGCACUGGCCACCGUGCUGUGGGACCACCUCAGCGAGAAGAAGGUGGAGCCUGGCUUCGUGCCCAACAAAGGCCGCCUGCACUGCGACCCCACCUUCGAGCUGGAGGAGAUGAUCCUGGAGUCGAAGCCCCUGCACAAGAAGAAGAAGCGCCUGGCCAAGAACCGCUCGCGGGACAGCAGCAGGGACAGCUCCCAGUCGGAGAACGACUAUCUGCAGGACUGCCUGGACGCCAUCCAGCAGGACUUCGUGAUCUUCAACAGGGAGAGGCUGCGGCGGGACCAGGAGAGCACGAGCGAGCCCCUGCCCGACCCGGAGCUGCCCGGCGACGGCGAGGGGGCACAGCCGGCCCUGCCCCGGCGCGGCUCCUGCUGCCCCUCGGGCGGGAGCAGCUAGGCCGGCGCCCACGGCCCGGCCCGGACCAGGCAGCCGCGUUGGGCGGCACCGACUUUUCACGGACUCUGACCUCAGCAGUGGGGCUGGCCACACGUGUGGCCUUAGGUGUGGACCCGAGUGGGCAGGGGCCACAGGUGCUCAGGCUGCUGCCGUGGUGGACAGUGUGGCCAGCAGCCCGGCCCAGGACAGCUUCCAUCUGUGUCCACGGCUCCCUGCCCGGAGGCUGGCUGGGACGCUUCCGGGCGGCUCGCUUUGAAUUACAGCGUGAGGACAAGCUGGCGCCCGUGUCUGUGCUGCGGGCACCCGGCCUCCCCCUCCCCUGGAGCACUCGAGCCUGAGCGUCCCCCAGGCAGCUGCGGGCCACAGCCCGGACCUUGGCCGCUGCUGUUGGGGAGUGUCCCUAUCAGCCUGUCGCCUGGGUCCCGGGAAGGCCACGCGUGUGGUCACACCUGACCGCUGGGGCACAGGAGCCCAGGCUUGCUUCCUAGCCGCGGGUGAGUCCCCCCGAGGACCAGAGUCUGAGCAAAGUGGCCAAAGCUGCUCCCGGUGUGUGAGCUCAUGUGCCAGGUUGCAGGGGAAGGGGUGGAGCGUGAUCCCAUGCA